AUGACUAAACAAUUGUUUAUAUUUUUUAUAUUUGUUUUAUUAUUUAAUUUAACAUUUGGAUGUGACGGUCCAGAUGCAGAUACAAGUUUAUUAAAAUGGAGUGAUCCGGCAUCAUGGCCAAAUGGUCAAUUACCAACAGCAGGUUCAUUUGUAACCAUUUCAAAUGGUAUUCUACUCGAUAUAUCACCACCAGAAUUCCAACAAAUAAGAAUUAAAUCAACUGGUAAGUUGGUUUUCUCCUCUAAAAAUGGACCACUUGAAUUGGUUACUGGUGGUCUCCUUAUUGAAGGUCGUUUAGAUAUUGGUAAUGAUGGUUGUCGUUUUACUGAAAGUGCAACUAUUACUUUAACUGGUAUCGAUGGAAAAGGAUAUUAUGAAACACAAUAUGAUUUGGGCAGAAAAUUUAUUGGUGUUUUACCAGGUGGAAGAUUAGAAUUACAUGGAUAUUUAGCUUAUCCAAUUCCAUCAUGGGUUAAUCUAAAUGUAACUGCACCUGCUGGAACAUCUUUGAUUACUUUGAACCAAGAUGUAUCUGGAUGGCCGGUGGGAUCGCAGAUUGUAGUUGGAGCAACCGAUUUUGAUUACACGCAAUCAGAAGAAAACGUAAUUGUUGCCUGUCCAACAUGUGCAUCCAACCAACUCCAACUAAAGACUCCACUCCAAUGGUACCAUUAUGGUGCCAUCACCUAUGGUGUCGAUCAACGUGCCGAAGUUGGUCUAUUGACCAAAAACAUCAAGAUCCAAGGUCGUAUGCAAGCCGCUUGUAAUGGUAGUGCCUUGUGCAAGUUUUUCGACUUUGAUACAUUGGGAGGUCAUCUCCGUGUGAUUCUUGGUUUUGGUUCUGUCCACAUUCAAGGUGCCGAAUUUUACAAGAUGGGUCAGACCUACAACCUCGGAACCUAUCCAAUCCAUUUCCACAUGUGCGGCGAUGUCGACACGGGCGACUAUGCUUCAUGGCCCACUUUUAUCAAGGAUAAUUCAAUCCAUCACACCUUGUCGCGUUGUCUGACUAUCCACGGCACGAGUGGUUUGAUUGUGGUAAACAACUUUGCCUUUGAUGCUAUUGGACAUUGUUAUUUCUUUGAAGAUGCUUCCGAGCAAAGAAAUUAUCUCGAUAGUAACGUCGGUCUGCUUACCCGAGCCGGCUACCUCUUGCCAUCCGAUCGUACCUGCGAGCUGUGUCUCUACCUCGCUCCCACCGACUUUAACGGCAACCCAACAUCGUGUGGUGAGUGUCAAGCCGUCGCAACCUUUUGGGUCACCAAUCCAAACAACAUCCUCAAAAACAAUGUCGCUGGUGGCAGUAUCAACGCUGGUUUCUGGUACCUCUUCCCCGAGGGAGCAUCUGGUCUCUCGCAAGCACUCUAUCCCGACAUUGCACCAAAAUACACUGCACUGGGCGUCUUUUCCAACAACAAGGCUCAUUCCAACGUCGAUGUCGGUAUGAAUGUCGAUCAAGCCCACCAGAUUGUCCAUCCAAACGCGCAAAACCCACAGCAAUACCUGUCGAUGACGAUCCAGCGUUGGAAGCCACGUGUCGACCCCACCAACCCCGACUCGGCUCGUUCGACCGCCUACUUUUACCGAUUCAUCAGCUACAAGAACAAGUGGCGUGGAUUGUGGGCCAGAGGUGGUGACAUGGUCUUUGUCAACAGCCAGUUUGCCGAUAAUGCCAUCGGUGUCACUCUUGCCAGCGAGGGUGUCAUGCCCGCCGACCCAGGAUCGAGCCAACAAAUCAUCGGAUCAACCUUUGUAGGAGAGUCUGAGAAUGUUGGUGCACCAUACAAUGGAAUCAACAUGUACAAGGGUCACACUAUCCCCGCUUGGCAAGAAUACAACCAAAAGGGAUUCGAAGUGUAUGAUGGACCAGUUUCAGUGUCCUAUUCUACAUUUGUCAAUUACAAUUCCGAUGGUGUUAGAAACAUGAGUGGUAUUGGAUGGUUCUUGUACGAUGAUUGGAUUCUCAAUCCCAAGAGCAAGACAUUUGGUCUAUCAUUUGUCAAUAGUAACACUCGAGUCUACACGUAUCUCACCAAUGACGAUGGUUCCAAGAAUGAGAUUAUCCACGACGAAGAUGGCUCGCUCACUGGUACGUCUGGCGCAUCACUCGUACCAAACGUCCCCUACUUUUACUCGCCCAAAUGUGUUGCCAACACACAGUGGAACAAGACAGUGUGCUAUGAAAAGUUUAGUUCCAUCUAUGUCUACAAUAUGGAUCUCGCCAACACGAUCACUCCCUCUGGCACGUCUGGUAUUGUUAUGAUCCGCGACCAAUACAGUUUCUACCGUCACGUCAUGUACGGUGUACCAAACUCUACACCUCGCAACACGUUUAUGCCACUCGUCAUGAUUGGACGUACCUACACGAUGCACUUUUUACAUCCAUCACCACCCAACCUCCGUUUGCAAAUGACCAACUUUGACCAAGGCGACUCUGUCGUUGUAGGUGUCUGCUACCCCAAGUACGGUGUCUCUUUCUCCGUCAAGCGAAACGUCGUGCUCGGAUGGCAAACAUUUGCCACCACCAUGGUGUCUGGCAAGACCAUUGACGCUGUCAACAACGACGCUACCGGUAUGACCUACUUUUACGACGCAACCACCGGUCUCUUGUUUAUCAAGUUCAUCCAACAAGGCAGCCGUACAUGGAGCAUGUACUGUCCCGACACUGGUUGCGAAUCAGUCAACAUUAUCGCAUCUGGAUGGGCCGUUGGUACAAAUUCAGGUGACUGCUCUGCCGAUGCCUAUGGCACUGGUCUCUAUGUCAAAAAGGACUAUGCCACUCGUGGUGGCUGCAACGGUGUACCAACAUUAACCGUCGAUGAAUGUGGUGUCUGCGGAGGCAAUGGAACUACCUGUUCCGAAGUCAAAUCAGCAGGAGGUACCGCCAGCAACAACAACAACGUUGGUACCAACGCAGCUCCCUCCUCAACAACCAAUUCUUUCUAUUCACAAUUUGGAUUUGUUUUCAUUUCAACCAUAUUAUCAUUUUUACUUUAUUUCAUAAUAUUCUAA